AGCACGCACGACAUCAUCCUUAUGGUACGACAGGGGGCAUUUUCAGGUUACUAACACAAGAUACUGAUUAGAAGAACAGCUGUGAGUCGAGUGAAAGUAAAAGUUCUGUAGCAUCUAUUUAUGCACUCGUGUGAGUAACAGAGAUUACUUAAGUGGAAUAAACCCAGACUGUGAAGACAUACAGACCGCAGAAUCACAACCAUGAAUGCUGUAAAUGCUGUACUACUGUUCAUUUUGGUUUGGACUUUUUCUGCUGUCUGUAAAGCUGAUGGUGAUGUCAUUGUAAGCUGUGAUGAAGUGACUGGAUUUGUUGGGAAAGAAGUCACUUUCAACUGCAGCAUCUCACUGCAAGGCACAAGUUGCUGCGUUUUAAUGUAUAUGUUUCAAUACCCUAAUGACUCAGUAAUCUGUAAAGAAAAGGCUCCUGUGAAUCCAUGUAAACAGAGGAACAGCUUCACAUGCAGCUACACUCCAACUACAGCAAUGACAGAACAAUUCAGAAUCUUUGUGCAAACACCAUGUGGAACAGAAAUUUCAAAAUUCACUGUGGACAUAACAGGGCCCAUUAAACCUGAAAUUAACAAUGAAGCUCCUGGCGAGAAAGUGAACAUCAGCAAGAUCAUAUCAAGAACAUCUCCACCAGACACAGAAGUGGAUCUUGGAUCUAAGGUUUCUGUCAUCGCUGCAGUCGUGGGCUGUUUCAUCCUCAUCAUCAUCGUCAUCAUCAUUCGCAACAAGAAACCAAACUUCAACAAUUCUUAUGGAUUCCAGAACAGCAUAAUUCUGGACAUUAGACAUGAUGAAGACAACAAUGAUCAUCCAGAAGAUGUGAUUAAUGACUCAGUAUGAAAUGAAAUCAAUAAGUUUUGUUUGAUUUCCCAUGUGUUGCUACUGAAAGAUACAGGCUUUAUUAAACUCCACUAAACUACAUACUCUACUAUGUGUGCUUAAAACUACUGAACUAUCUAACACUGGUUGUUGGUUUAAAACUCUGUCCCUGUUGAAUAUUGAUUUCUGUGAAAUAGCAAUAUAUUAUUGAUCUGUUUGGUCAGUGAAUAUAUGUGUAUAUAUAUGACUUUAAUGAACUGAAGCCUUUGUGAAACUUUAAGAAGAAGCUCAAACUGUUUGAUUUUACUCUUUUUAUCUUUUUAUAUUUCUUAACUGCACAUGCAUUUUCUUUAACAAUAUGAAAGACGUGGUUUUUUAAACAUUAAAAUUCUAAUUCUUAUUCUAAUGAUGUGAA